GCGCAGAAAGAAGUCUGGCUAUCCUGAAAGAGCCCUUCCCCAUGCCUUUCCGGCCUUCUUCCUAUGUGCAGGCGCAGAAGAGUGCUCCAAGAUGGCGGCCCCCGUGGACUUAGAGUUGAAGAAGGCCUUCACAGAGCUUCAAGCCAAAGUUAUUGACACCCAACAGAAGGUGAAGCUUGCAGACAUACAGAUUGAACAGCUAAACAGAACGAAAAAGCACGCACAUCUUACAGACACAGAGAUUAUGACUUUGGUAGAUGACACUAACAUGUAUGAAGGUGUAGGAAGAAUGUUUAUUCUACAAUCCAAGGAAGUAAUUCACAAUCAGCUCUUAGAGAAACAGAAAAUAGCAGAAGAAAAAAUUAAAGAACUAGAGCAAAAAAAGUCCUACCUGGAGCGGAGCGUUAAGGAAGCCGAGGACAACAUCCGUGAGAUGCUGAUGGCACGAAGGGCACAGUAGAUGCUGCUAGGGAAAGUGCUUCCCUCCAGGCCCCUCCCAUCCUGGCAAGGCAGAGGGGCCUGGUGGGGUAACAGCCUUCCUCUGUCCAGAUGGACGUUUUGUCUGGAUGGUCUAGAAGCCCUACAUUCCCUCCCUGAACCCCCUUCAGGUCCCACCUAUGUAUUUUUCCCUGUUUGUCCACCACCCCUGCCCAGGACACUCCUCUCCUGGGCAAACCAGAACUCCCAGGAGAGGGAAGACUGGAGUGAAAGCAUAUGAAGACUUUCAAGGCCUGCCACUAAGCAUGUGGGUUAGACCAAUAAAAAGGCUGUCUUGCUCUGUGAA